AUGGGUAAAGCUGAACAGCUGGCGGAAAUACGAGAAAAGAAAGCUGCGAACCCUAUGCGUAGAUUAAGGAUCCAGAAGUUAUGUCUGAAUAUAUGUGUUGGAGAAUCAGGGGAUCGUUUAACACGUGCUUCUAAAGUCUUAGAACAGUUGACUGGACAAACUCCUGUUUUUUCGAAGGCACGGUACACAGUUAGGUCAUUUGGCAUUCGGCGUAAUGAAAAAAUAGCGGUGCAUUGCACUGUUAGGGGUCCAAAAGCAGAACAGAUUAUUGAAAGAGGCCUUAAAGUCAAGGAAUACGAGCUGUAUCGUGAGAACUUUUCUGAUACCGGUAACUUUGGCUUCGGUAUUCAGGAACAUAUUGAUUUGGGUAUUAAAUAUGAUCCGGCCAUCGGUAUUUAUGGUAUGGACUUCUAUGUUGUACUAGACAGGCCGGGAGGAAGGGUCGCGAAACGCAGACGUGCAGUGGGUCGUGUCGGCCACCAGCAUCGGGUAACGAAAGAGGAAGCGGUCAAGUGGUUCCAGCAAAAGUAUGAUGGCAUCAUCCUUCCUCCGAAGGCAAAGGAAGCUCGUAGAGGCGGCCGCAGGCGUUAA